UGAAGUGAAAGGGGGCCGCUGGGCCCUCGGGUUCCCCAGACUCAGACUUCCAGCACCGAGAAAGGACUUGGACGGUAGAGGUGCGGCCGAUUUCAGCUUUCACCUCACGCCACCUCCUAAGGACACCCAUCAUGGAAAAAACAAUAGAAGAUCCCCCCACAUCAGCUGUCUUGCUCGAUCGUUGUCAUUUCUCUCAGGUCAUCUUUAAUAGUGUGGAGAAGUUCUAUGUCCCUGGAGGGGACAUCACAUGCUAUUAUACCUUCGCCGAGCAUUUCAUCCCUCGUCGAAAGGACUGGAUUGGCAUCUUUAGAGUGGGAUGGAAGACAACCCGUGAAUAUUAUACCUUCAUGUGGGUUGCUUUGCCUAGUGACAUAAACAACAAAUCAGCCAAACAGCAGGAAGUCCAAUUUAAAGCUUAUUACCUGCCUAAGGAUGAUGAGUAUUACCAGUUCUGCUAUGUGGAUCAGGAUGGUGUGGUCCGGGGAGCAAGUAUCCCUUUCCAGUUCCGUCCAGAAAGUGAGGAGGACAUCCUGGUUGUUACUACUAAGGGAAAGGUAGAAGAGAUUGAACAGCACAAUGAGGAGCUUUGCAAAGAAAACCAGGAACUGAAGGACAGCUGUGCCAGCCUCCAGAAGCAGAACUCAAGCAUGCAGGCUGAGCUCCAAAGGAAGCAGGAGGAGCUGGAGACUCUACAGAGUAUCAAUAAGAAAUUGGAACAGAAAGUGAAAGAGCAGAAAACCUGUUGGGAAACUGAGCUGCUUCAACUGAAAGAACAUAACCAGAAAGUGUCCUCAGAAAAUGAGAAGAUGGGAAUCAGAGUGGAUCAGCUUCAGGCCCAGCUGUCAACUCAAGAGAAGGAAAUGGAAAAGCUUGUUCAGGGAGAUCAAGAUAAAGCAGAACAGUUGGAACAUCUGAAAAAGGAAAAUGACCAACUCUUUUUCAGUUUGACUGAACAGAGGGAGCAACAGAAGAAGCUCCAGCAGAUAGUGGAGGAUAUGAAGCAGAAAGAAACUACUGCAGCGAAGAAACAACAGGAGUUAAUGGAUGAGAAUUUUGACCUGUCAAGAAGACUGAGUGAGAACAAGAUUAUAUGUGAUGUUCUGCAGAGAGAGAAAGAGAGAAUGGAAAGAGAAAAUGAUCUCUUAAAGAAAGAGAACAGCAGAUUGCUGAGUUACAUGGGUCUGGAUUUUGACUCUUUGCCAUGUCAAGUGCCUACUUCAGAUCAAGGAGGUGCUGGACAAAAUCCAGGUCUUGUCUAUGGAAACCCAUAUUCUGGUAUUCAAGAAAGUUCUGCCCCUAGCCUGCUCUCCAUCAAGAAAUGCUUCACCUGCAAAUCAAACUUUGCUGAUGAAAUCUGUGAUCACACCUUGGAGCAGCAGCAAAUGCAGACCCUUUGUUUGAAUUGUCCAAUUUGUGACAAAACCUUCCCAGCAAGAGAGAAGCAGAUCUUUGAAGACCAUGUGUUCUGCCACUCUCUUUAAGCAUCCAAGCCUUUUGGAUCUAUGCUGUACAUAGUUUAGUAGAACAUACAGCUUCUACUAUGAGUUAAAUGAGUCAAGAUCCUUCCUAACCUGAAAUCAUUAGGGAUUUACUUAGCUCUGCUGCCUGUAAAGGUGGAGCCAUGUCCAUUAUCUACAAGAUGAUGUUAAGAGCUUCUGCCUCCAUUCUUGUGAGUGACUACCUAAGUCACAUAGCUCUAGCUGUAUCAGCCUCUCACUUAUGUGCCCAUUCUUCCUUGGGACCUCAGUACAAGGGCGCCAGGAUAGAGUUGAUCUGCCAGAGUUGUUACUAAGUGAUUGUCUUCCAAGUUUUCCCAUUGCUAUUCAAGGUUAGGCCUCAAGUAUAUUUGUACUCAGUCUUUAGUUCUAACUCUGAGGGCCUCCUCCUCAGGCCUCUUUCUCCAACUGAUUGCAUUAAACUAACCCAAAAUUCAGAUGUCCAA